CGUUAUUAUGGUCCCGCCGCGGGAAAAACCCGGCUCGUCUUAACAACUAAAGUUCUUGAUGUAUUCCAUCACGAACAACCGUUAAUUUAACUUACUGAGUGUUACGAAAGAAUAAAAAUGCCAGCAAAACGUACUAAACAGCGACCUAUAAAUAAGAAAAACAUUGAUCAUCCAAGCCAAUCAGUUUCAGAAAAAAAUUUUAAAAUACGAAAUGUAGCAAUCAAACUAGUAGACAUUGCAAAACAUAAAGAGAAGACAAGUUUAGCUAAUGUGGAUAAUAACAAUUUUAUUACAAGUAGCAAUUGUGAGCCAGAAAUUACUUUAGAUGACAAAAGAAUGGAGACUUCUUUAGAUGUCAGCGAAAGAAUACAGACUACUUUAGAUAACAGCAAAAAAAUUAAAACUACUUUAAAUGUCAGUGAUAGAAUGAAAACUACUUUAGAUGUCAGCAAAGAAACAGAAACUACUUUAGAGGUUAAUGAAAGAAUGAAAACUACUUUAGAUGUCAGCGAAAGAACAGAAACUGCUUUAGAUGUCAGCGAACAAAUAAAAGCUACUUUAGAUAUCAGCAAAGGAAUAAAAACUACUUUAGAGGUCAAUAAAAAAAUAAAAGCUACUUUAGAUGUUAACGAAGGAACAGAAACUACUUUAGAGGUCAAUGAAAGUGUGAAAACUACUUCAGAUGUCAGUGAAAGAAUAAAAGCUACUUUAGAUAUUAGCGAAGAAACAGAAACUACUUUAGAGGUUAAUGAAAGAGUGAAAACUACUUUAGAUGUCAGCGAAAGAAUAGAAACUGCUUUAGAUAUCAGCGAACAAAUAAAAGCUACUUUAGAUAUCAGCAAAGGAAUAAAAACUACUUUAGAGGUCAAUGAAGAAAUAAAAGCUAUUUUAGAUGUUAGCGAAGGAACAGAAACUACUUUAGAGGUCAAUGAAAGUGUGAAAACUACUACAGAUGUCAGCGAAAGAAUAGAAACUGCUUUAGAUGUCAGCAAAAGAAUAAAAGCUACUUUAGAUGUUAGUGAAGAAACAGAAACUACUUUAGAGGUCAAUGAAAAAGUGAAAACUGAUUUAGAUGUCAGCGAAAGAAUAGAAACUGCUUUAGAUGUCAGCGAAAGAAUAAAAGCUGCUUUAGAUGUCAGUGAAGGAACAGAAACUACUUUAGAGAUCAAUGAAAGAGUGAAAACUACUUUAGAUGUCAGUGAAAUAAUAGAAACUGCUUUAGAUGUCAGCGAAAAAGUAAAUUUAGAUGUCACUGAAAGCACAGUGAAUGAGUGCAAUGAUAAAGCUAAUACAUCUAGCAAUAUAAGUGAUAUUAUAGAUUCAAGUUUAAUAUUCAUUUUAAAUAAAGAAUCUUCAAUAUCAGAAAAUAUGUGUGAGUUACUUUUUAAUAUUGAUCAACAAACGCAUAGCAACGCAAAUAAUGAAUUGACUGAAAAUAAUUUAAAUGGAAAUUAUAUGAAUAAUAACAAUUUUGUUGUUACUGAAAAUAAAGACUCGCCAAUGCAUAUACAUAACAAUGAAGAAUUAAUAUCAAUUGAUCUACAAGAUAAAGAGAAUAUAAAUCAAAACAUGAUUAAUAUUGGCUCUCCUAUUAUUCAUGCAGAAAUUAAAGACACACAUCAGAAAAUCAGUACGCAUUUUAAUGAUUGUAAUUCAAAGAAAAUAACGCCAAAAAUUACUGAAAAUAUUGUAUGUAAUAAAUCAUAUGCUAUCUUAAAAACAACACCAACAAACAUUGAGAUGGAACGAAAAAGAAUACUUAAAUCUACAACAAGAAAUAAAUAUUCGAAAUUUAAAUUAUCUAAUGAGAAAUCUACAUCAUUUUUAAAUUUAUCAAACUGUGAUGAUAGCAAUAAGAGUUUAAAAAUGAGUGAAACUCAAAAUACCAGUGAAUACAACCCAACUGAUGAAACUCAAUGUUCAUCAGAAAUUAAUAAUACAGAAGUAACGGCAAAUGAUUCUGAUAUUAAUAAUAAUAGUAUUAAUGAAACAAACAGUGCAUCCGAAAGCGAUGAAUAUAGUCAAUUAAAAUUUAAUGUUCCUGGAAAUAGUGCAUGUAAUGAUUUGGAAUUAACUGCUGAAAUGUCAAAUGGUCCUAAAGGUGAUAACAAAAAAAAUUUUGUGUAUUUUGCAAGACUUUACAAACUAAAAUAG